CUGCUGUCUUAGUUCACCUAGAUCCGCUCCAACCCUCAAACACGCGAGUGCCUGUGCUGUCACUGCGACUCAUGGAGAAACCAUCUGUUCUCAACUAUCACAAGGAGACAAACUUUGAGGAAUUUAAAUAAAGAAACACCUGCAGACAUGAGGUUUUGGGGAGGAGGAGGAGGAGCGGCGCUCCUGAUGCUGCUGCUCGGCCGCUGCUGCUGCCCCAGUCCCGACAGGAAAGUGUGUCAGGGAAUGAGUAACCAGCUGACAUUGUUGGGCACCCAUGAUAAUCACUAUGACAACAUGGUGAGGAUGUACUCCAACUGCUCCGUGGUCCUGGAGAACUUGGAGAUCACCUACACCCGGGAGCACCAGGACCUGUCCUUCCUCCAGUCCAUCCAGGAAGUUGGCGGCUACAUUCUGAUCGCCAUGAACGAGGCUGCCAACAUCCCGUUGGUCAAUCUGAGGCUGAUCCGAGGCCAGAACCUCUACGAAAACCAAUACGCUCUGCUGGUGAUAUCCAACUACAACAGGAACACCUCUUCUGCAACUCUCAACUACACCAGUGGGCUGAGACAGCUGCAGCUCAGCAGCCUGACGGAGAUUCUGAAGGGAGGGGUAAAGAUGACCCACAAUCCUUUGCUGUGUAACACUGAAACCAUCCAGUGGUGGGACAUCCUGGACAAAGCCAGCAAUCCCAGCAUGCUUUUCAAAACGGAAACCUUCACACGUAAAUGUGAGAAGUGUGAUCCUGGGUGUGUAAAUGGUUCGUGUUGGGCAGCAGGACCGGAUCACUGUCAGAGAUUCACAAAGUUGCAGUGCGCGGAGCAGUGCAGCAGAAGGUGUCGCGGUCCAAAGCCCAUCGACUGCUGUAAUGAACACUGUGCUGCUGGCUGCACAGGACCUCGAGCCACCGAUUGCCUGGCCUGCAGGGAUUUUAAUGAUGAUGGAACCUGUAAAGAUGCUUGUCCUCCUCUGACACUCUAUGACCCCAAAACCCACCAGGUGGUCAACAACCCCAACGCCAAGUUCACCUUUGGGGCAACCUGUUUCAAGGCCUGCCCACAUAAUUACGUGGUGACAGGUGGAUCAUGUGUUCGUACCUGCAGCGCUGGAAUGUACGAGGUGGAGGAGAACGGAGUCCAACGCUGCAAAGCAUGUGACGGUCCCUGUCCUAAAGUCUGUGACGGAGUCGGCAUUGGCACUCUGAUCAACACCAUGGCCGUCAACGCCUCAAAUAUUGAAUCCUUCCGGAACUGCACAAAGAUAAAUGGGGACGUCUCCCUCAUUGAAACCUCUUUCACUGGGGACGCACACUAUAAAAUCCCACCCAUGGACCCGGCUAAACUGGAGUACUUCAGGACAGUGAAGGAAAUCACAGGUUUCCUGCUGAUCCAGUCCUGGCCAGAGAAUCUGACCUCUCUGUCAGUGUUUGAGAACCUGGAGAUCAUCAGAGGAAGAACAACACGAGCUCAGCACAGUUUGGCGGUAGUGAGGGCAAAGCACCUCCGCUGGCUGGGCCUGCGCUCUCUGAAGGAGGUGAGUGCUGGCCGGGUGAUGAUGAAGGACAACUCUCAGCUCUGCUACACUGGGCCGGACCAGUGGACCCGCCUCUUCAGAUCCAACGACCAGACCACCAGCAUGCGUAACAACGCCCCCCCCGAAGUCUGUGAACAACAGAAUCAAACCUGUGACCUGGAAUGUACAGAUGAUGGCUGCUGGGGUCCAGGUCCUACCAUGUGUGUGUCCUGUCGCCACUUCAACCGUUGGGGGCGCUGUGUGGCAUUCUGUAACCUGCUGCAGGGCGAGCCCAGAGAGGUGGAGGUGAACGGCAGCUGUGUCGAGUGUCACCCGGAGUGUCUGCUGCAGAGAGGGACCCCAGCCUGCCAUGGACUGGGUCCAGACCAGUGCUCCCAGUGCGCCCAUUUUAAAGACGGCCCCCACUGCGUGCCACGCUGCCCCCAUGGUGUGCUGGGAGACAGAGACAUGCUGAUCUGGAAAUACCCUGACAGGACAGGCCAGUGCCAGCCCUGCCACCAGAACUGCACCCAGGGGUGUUCAGGUGCUGGACUCUCUGGAUGCACCGGUGCUGCCACCCACUCCAUGUUGGCGGUGGGCGUGGUUGGUGGGCUCUUGAUUGCUGUCAUUGUGUCAUUGGUUAUCUUUGUGCUGCUGCGGCGACGGCAAAUAAGGCAGAAGAGAACAUUGCGCCGUCUGCUGCAGGAAAGAGAGCUGGUGGAGCCCUUGACUCCGAGCGGUGAAGCUCCUAAUCAGGCGCUGCUGAGGAUCCUGAAGGAGACAGAGUUUAAGAAAAUCAGGGUGCUUGGCUCUGGGGCCUUCGGGACUGUCUUCAAGGGUCUAUGGAUUCCUGAAGGAGAAAAUGUGAGGAUCCCCGUAGCCAUCAAAGUUCUCCGAGAGGCCACAUCACCUAAAGCCAACAAAGAAAUCCUGGAUGAGGCGUAUGUGAUGGCAAGCGUGGAUCACCCUCAUGUGUGUCGUCUUCUGGGGAUCUGCCUGACGUCGUCAGUCCAGCUGGUGACUCAGCUGAUGCAGUAUGGCUGCUUGCUGGACUACGUCCGGCAUCACAGGGAACACAUCGGCGCUCAGUGGCUGCUCAACUGGUGUGUCCAGAUAGCUAAGGGCAUGAACUACCUGGAGGAACGUCACCUGGUUCAUCGAGACCUGGCAGCGAGGAAUGUCUUGGUGAAAACGCCAAACCACGUCAAGAUCACCGACUUUGGCCUUGCCAAGCUGCUGACAGCUGAUGAGAAGGAAUACCACGCCGAUGGAGGAAAAGUUCCCAUUAAAUGGAUGGCGUUGGAGUCGAUCCUCCAGUGGACCUAUACCCAUCAGAGUGAUGUCUGGAGCUACGGUGUAACAGUGUGGGAGCUUAUGACAUUUGGUUCCAAGCCGUAUGAUGGCAUCCCGGCCAGUGAGAUUGCCUCGGUGCUGGAGAGAGGAGACCGGUUGCCCCAACCCCCUGUCUGCACCAUUGAUGUCUACAUGAUCAUGGUGAAAUGUUGGAUGAUCAACCCAUCCAGUCGUCCCAGGUUCAGAGAGCUGAUAGUGGAGUUCUCAAAAAUGGCCAGAGAUCCGUCCAGAUACCUGGUCGUACAGGGUGACCUCCCCAGUCCCACAGACAGCAGGUUUUACUCUCGCCUGCUGAGCUCAGAUGACAUGGAGGACGUGGUCGAUGCAGACGAGUACCUGCUGCCUUACAAAGGACUGGAUAACCAUGACAACCAUCCCUGCAACGCCACGAACGGUCAUCCAGUCAGAGAGAACAGUAUCGCUCUGCGUUACAUCACCGAUCCAACUCACAAUGCACUGGAUAAGGAAGACUUCACCAGCCAUGAGUACAUGAACCAGAGUUUAAGUGAAACCAGCUGUAGCAGCAAGCUGCCGGAGGUUUUAAAUCCCAACUACGAGGACCUGAGCCUGGGCUGGGGUGCCGCCUCGCACCCCUCCCUGCGGGAGGAUCCGAAGCCUUUCACCCAAGUUCCUGAGGGACCCGAAUACCUGAACACUGCCCAAAACUCGCUCCCCCUGGCUAACAGCGACAGCCUCAACAACCUGGACUACCAGGCCGACUUCCCACCACAGGCAACGCCCCCUAGCACCAACCCCACCACUUUAACUGGGAACGGUCUUUUCCUGCCGGCAGCAGAGAACCUUGAGUACCUGGGUCUGGGUGCUGCACUGCACACCCCCGUCCGCUAGAGGGCAGCAACACUCAGAGAGUUUAGACUGAUGCUCUGAGGCUUCUGUGGCUGCAGACAGUAUUUAAUUUAUCUGUUUUAAUUGUAAAAAUUUCCAGGAAAUCCUGACUGGAACCCGCACGCUGACCAGACAACAGUUACUGAGGAAGAGGAGAGCCAGACUUUAAGCAGGGAUUCAAACCAACCUCCUGCUCACAAAGUGGAUGUUUCUUCAACUUUUAAAUGGCUGCAUUCAUUUGUUUGACACUUGGAGUGGGAACGUGAAAACCAAACAGUCAUAAGCUGUUGAGAUGGAAGUCUCUCAACAAAACUCACAUAAACUCUUCAGUGUCACCUGAACAGUGAUUUUAAUUGGUACAUCCCGGUCCCUCAGAUGGUAGUCUGACUCACCAGAUGUAGACUGUGGAUGGAAACCUGCCAGUGCCGUCUGCGUGUUACUGUUUCCAAAUGCCCUUCACUAUGGGAAGCAACAACCUUUGACAGCUUACACACCGAAAAAGGCACAUUUUGAUGAAGGUUUGGAUCGUGUAAUAAGACACAUCUGCUUUGUUGUUUCAGUGAAUUAUUUUAAAGAUCUAUAACGAAUAAAACCACUUGUGAACGCACCUCAGAAAAAUCCAGACUUACAGGACUCUCAUGCCUGAUGUUGAUCUGUUUGCUGAUCUGCUGACACGGUCAGUGGGAGUUAAUUUGCCACAUUUUAACUCUAGCAGCAGCACCUCCGCUCCAGUGACAGUUACUUCACUAACUGUACGUUAGGCGGAAAUCAUUCAUUUUCAAUGAGAGCCUGGAGACUUGGGCGACUUGGGCGACCUGGUCGUCAGCCGCGCGUCUUGGGCAACCAAAGCGACCGGAGCGGAGUUAAAACUCGUUUAACUUUAUGGUAAUGAGCUCUGACACAGUUCGGCGACAACCAAUCAGAAUGCUGACGUGCUUUGAUGAAGCGGGUCACAGAGAAAAAACCAUGUAAUGUAACUUUGGUUCCUACAGCACACUUGUUCCAACAAUGGAUAUCGAGAAGAUUAUAACUUGCGUUCGCGCCCACUCAGUCCUUUAUAAUAUGUUGCCAUUCACUUACAGAGAUCAAAAUAAAAAGAAUGAGGCUUAGGACUGCGUCACGGAUAUAGUUGGUUGGUCUGGGGAGUUAUAGGGCCCUAUUUAGAUGGUCUAAAACGCGAAGCGCCAGGCGUGCGGCGCAUGGGCGU